CAGAUUUAAGUGGAUCGUAUCUCCAACGCAAACGCAUGGUUCAGAGUGGGUUGCUGCGUAUGGGGUCAUUGACCCAGCAAUUCUUAAAACAAAGGAAGCCAUGGAUCUGAACACGUGGAGGACAAAGAAACGGCAUUUCCGUGACACGGAUGAAUGGCGUAGGAAGAAAAAUCGAAUCAUUAACAAAAUGAGAGCAUUAUCACGAAUAAAUCUGCUCUUAGUACUUUCGAAAAUGCAGCUAAUUAAUCAGCAUAAAAAGUUCGAGCAUGUGGCUAUGCUUGAGCUUUUUAUGUUGAUUUAUGAGCUGAACAGCACAUGUGACAAUAGAUGA